AUGGCGCCGUCGACCAUGUCGUCGACGACGGAGAAGGAGCAGCAGGAGCAGGCCAUCGACGACUGGCUGCCCAUCACCUCCUCCAGGAACGCCAAGUGGUGGUACUCGGCGUUCCACAACGUCACCGCCAUGGUCGGCGCCGGCGUGCUCAGCCUGCCCUACGCCAUGUCCGAGCUCGGAUGGGGCCCCGGCGUGGCGGCGAUGCUCCUGUCGUGGGUGAUCACCCUGUACACGCUGUGGCAGAUGGUGGAGAUGCACGAGUGCGUCCCGGGCAAGCGCUUCGACCGCUACCACGAGCUCGGCCAGCACGCCUUCGGCGACAAGCUCGGCCUCUGGAUCGUCGUCCCGCAGCAGCUCAUCGUCGAGGUCGGCGUCUGCAUCGUCUACAUGGUCACCGGCGGAAAGUCCUUCGAGAAGUGCUACACCGUCGCAUGCCCGGACUGCAAGCCGCUCCGGACCAGCUCAUGGAUCAUGAUCUUCGCCGCCAUCCACCUGCUCCUCUCGCAGCUCCCAAACUUCAACUCCAUCACGCUCGUCUCCCUCGCCGCCGCGGUCAUGUCGCUCAGCUACUCGACAAUCGCCUGGGCGGCGUCGGCGCACAAGGGCCGGCAGCCGGACGUGGACUACAGCAAGACGGCGUCGACGGCGACGGGGCAGACGUUCAACUUCCUCAGCGCGCUGGGCGACGUCGCGUUCGCCUACGCCGGCCACAACGUGGUGCUGGAGAUCCAGGCCACCAUCCCGUCCACCCCGGACAAGCCCUCCAAGAAGCCCAUGUGGCAGGGCGUCAUCCUCGCCUACCUCGUCGUCGCCAUCUGCUACCUCCCCGUCGCCUUCGUCGGCUACUACGUCUUCGGCAACGCCGUCGACGACAACAUCCUCAUCACCCUCGAGAAGCCCCGCUGGCUCAUCGCCAUGGCCAACAUCUUCGUCGUCGUCCACGUCAUCGGCAGCUACCAGAUCUACGCCAUGCCGGUGUUCGACAUGCUUGAGACGUUCCUGGUGAAGAAGCUCCGGUUCAGGCCAGGGCUGCCUCUACGUUUGAUUGCGCGUUCACUCUACGUUGUGUUCACAGCUCUGGUUGGCAUCGCCGUGCCGUUCUUCGGUGGAUUGCUAGGGUUCUUCGGUGGCUUUGCAUUUGCGCCAACGACCUACUAUCUUCCCUGCAUUCUGUGGCUGAAGAUCAAGAAGCCAAAGACGUUUAGCUUCUCCUGGUUCGCCAACUGGUUUUGCAUCAUCAUCGGCGUGCUCCUGACGGUGUUUGCCCCCAUUGGAGGUCUCCGGUCGAUCAUCGUCAACGCCUCCACCUACAAGUUCUUCUCGUGAUGGACCGAUUA